GUCAACUGCAGAGGAUCAGUCAAGCAGAGUCAGGAGUUUGGACCAGUAGCUGCAGCGUGUGCGCUAGGGAGGACCACUGCACCUUCAUAUUACUGCUGGGGUACAGCACUGGGACCACCAAGCGAGAGGACUGCAGGGAUGGAGCACUUACACUCCCUAUUUUGUGUCAUUGUCAUCUUAUUGCUGGGAAAAAGUUUUGGGGCCCAUUUCUCCCAACAGCCUUCGGAUCAGGUGAUUGUAGCUGGUAAUUCAAUAACUCUUCCCUGCGUGGUGAUUGGUUACCGAGGGGUGGUGCAAUGGACGAUGGAUGGAUUGGCGCUGGGAGCCGAGCGUGAUCUGCCAGGGUGGUCACGUUAUUCUAUCAUAGGAGACCCUGCAAAAGGGGAACACAACCUGCACAUAGAGGGAGUUGAGCUUGGUGAUGAUGCCGUUUAUGAGUGCCAAGCAACGCAGGCUGCGCUGAGAUCACAGAGGGCGCAUCUAACCGUGCUAAUUCCACCAGGAGAACCCAUGAUCCCCGGAGCUCCAGUACUCAACGUGCUGCUGACUACACCAUACAAUCUUACCUGCCUGGCACCUGUGGCAAAACCAGCAGCUGAGAUUACAUGGCACCGAGAUGGGCAGCAGCUGGACUGGGCGCUUUACUCCAAGGAGCUGCUAUCGGAUGGGAAGAGUGAGGGUGCCGCCAGCAUGCUCCUGAUCACCCCAGGUUUAGGUGACACAGGAUCAAGCUAUACUUGUCGUGUUAAGAAUGCUGCACUUCCAGAGGGGCGCGAGAGAGCAGUGACACUGAGUGUGCAGUACCCUCCCAAAGUGACACUGUCAGUGGAGCCUCCCACUGUCCCUGAAGGAGGGACGGUUACGUUUUUAUGCAGCGCAGAAUCCAAUCCAGAGGUCACAAGUUACAGAUGGGCAAAAGGCGGCGUGUUGCUUCCUGUGUCAGGUGAUAGAUACCAUGUAACCGCAGAUCAUACGUUCUUUACGUCUCCUGUCUCAUGCGAGGUUUCUAACAGCGUGGGCAGCAGCAAUGUUAGCACAGCCAUUAACGUGUUGUUUGGUCCACUUCUGCUUACAGAACCUCGCCCUAUGACCGUCGAUUUGGGAGGAGAUGCUUCAUUUUUCUGUGGUUGGACAGGAAAUCCUACUCCAACACAAUUCUGGACCAAAAGGGGAUCUGGAGAGGUGCUCAGUAAUGGGAACACCCUAUCACUGACGAAGGUAACUCGAGAAGACGCUGGAACAUAUGUGUGCAAAGCCAUCGUGCCAAGGAUAGGAACUAUGGAAAAAGAAGUGACACUUACUGUAAGAGGCCCGCCUGUUAUCACCAGUGAAACUCAUUUUGAGGGCACAAUUGGAGGAAAAGCGCGCCUGGAGUGUGUGGUUGAGACGAUGCCCAUCCCAGAAAGAAUUGUUUGGUCCUGGGAGGAACACAACCUGGAGGAAGGCUCCUGGGGACGUUUUUCUGUGGAAACCCGAGUGACCAAUGAGGUAGCCAUCUCAUACCUGAUCAUAGACGCAACCGAGCAGUCAGAUUAUCUGAACGAGUAUAACUGCAGUGCCCAAAAUCAGUUUGGGGAGGACUCUGUUAUCAUCUCACUGAGGCAACAAGCCGCUUUACCGCUGACAUUCUUGGCGAUUGCUCUGGCAUCAGGGACGCUAUUCUUGUUUGUGAUGGUCAUAAUCUUUGUACUCUGCUGUCGCAAACCUAGAAAAGCUGUGAAAGACACUCAGAUUCUGGCUGUGGAUGUGUCUGGGAGUGAGGCAAGUGACAAACACCACAGUGAUUCUGAGGAGGACCUUAAAGAACCACUGCAAACAGACACAGAAUCCAGAGGAACCUCUCAGACAGAGCACAGCGAGAUCCCUGAGGAGCCUCAGGAUCCAACCAAUGGAUAUUACAAGGUCCGAGCUCAUGAAGACACUAGACCUCUACCUGUUUCUUAUCCAGAAUUCUCCUCUCCACCACGCCCCAUAUAUUCAGCCCCCACCUCUCUCCCUCCUUUGUGCCCUACUCCAUCUUUUCAAGCACCACCAAAAAUCUAUGACUAUGCUCACCGCUAUGCCACCACACCACGCCCUGGAACUGACCGGAUUCACAUUCCUCAAGUAACUUCUCAAAUGCCACUAGGACACCAUCCAGCACCUUAUGCUCGUGCCUUCUGCAACUAUGUUCGGCCAGACCGGUACGAUUCAUCGGUGCAAGGUCCUACUCUCUCACGACUCUCUUACGCCUCUCUUUCCACACACAGUGAUUAUGGGCGACCCACACAGCAACGUAUGCAAACUCAUGUGUGACUGUCAGCUCAAACUGCAACUUUCCCGCAACGAUUUUAAUACCAAACAGGCUAAAAAGGCUUUAGUCUCAUGGUUGAGAAAACUCAAGCAAUAUGACUGUUCUGAGGCAUGAAAAGGAAGAUCAAACUUGUAGCCAUAUUGCACCUAGUCAAAAACAAAAUGGCUGCGUUGUGUCUUCCUCUUUACACUUUGAAACUGCACUAAGUUUUUGCCCUGUGAUUAUAACUGUAACAUAAGUUACUGAAGAAACAAUGCAAAGGUCAAGGGGCUUAUGCAAUUACAAGGCAAACAGACUUAAAAUGAACAAUGGAAUUUGGAUUUAUAGGAAUUCAUUUCAAAGCGGUUUCAUUUUGUACAAUCGUCCUACUUUUGUGGAAUAAGGAAUUUAGCACUGAAGACAAUAACAAGUACUAAAUAUAUUUUCUGAUAAACUAUGGUGUUAUGAGAGCUCAGCUAUGAGCAACAUCAAAAAGUAUAUAUGGCAACAUAAGCAUUUUGGAAAAAGUUUGACACUUUUGUCAUUGUAGAACUAAAAGCCAUUUAAGUUAUCCUGGUAAAAUAGUGACCUCUUGUGGCUCCAGCGUUUACUGCAAUCUUUUUUUAAUAUCUUUUUUUUUCCCAAUAUUUAACAAUCUUAAGGUUUGUGGCUAUCAGUGUGAGCCACGUGAUUUUCUUUUGGAGCAUUUUUCUUAUACAGAGUUAAGUGUAUACACAGUCUUCUGGUUUAAAAUGACAUUACUAAAGUUGCAGUAUUCCUUGCAAUAUUUUUACCCCUGAUUCCCAAAAACACACUACAAUAUAUUUAUUAACCCAUUCAUAGUUAGAUGUUGCUACAUUAUAAGACAUGAAUAAAUCUCAUUAUUUAAGAACUGAAAACAACAAGAUUUGAGAGUCUAUGACCAAAAACUAUUUUUGAUAUGUAGAUAUGAAUGCAGAUUGUUAUGAAAUGCCUAUGUUAUAAUAGAGCUGGACUGCAAAUUCGAGGAAAACAUUCAAUUCUGACAAACCUGUGGCAAUUAAGAGGUUAAAUAAGACGUGUGUCUUUGCUAUACUUAACCCAUUAUUGCGCUUUAUAUCCAGAACCUUUUUUUCCUUCUU